CCUGCCCCUUCGCAGAUCUGAAGGAUGCGACGGAGUAGAUGGAGGCGGAGGAGGAGGAGGUGAAAGACUGGAAGGCGGAGAACAGCAUGAACUGGACGGAAAAUAGGGAGGAUGCGGAUUACGGUAGCCUACCGGUCAGCCUGCCUUCUGGUGAUGCUUUCGGUGGUUUAGUACGAAGAUGUUCGGGUAAAGAGACCCAGGCCUGCGGCUUGUCGUCACACGGAGCAAGAGCUGGUGAUUUAUGCGUCGCCUCAAAUUGACACCGAGCAAGCCUGAGCUUUAAUUGAGAGGACGAUUUGAUGUCUACCGUAGGGUUAGUGUGUAGUCUAUUAGAAUGACUGAAUUAAUUUAACACUAAAAUCAGUGAAAUAACAUUGAACCUCGUGCCUUUUAGCGUUGUGGGUCAACUGCCAUAAUGGUUUUAGCCGUCGUUUUAGCAUCAUCCCCUCUUGACCCAUUCUCCCGUGCUGCUUCGCUCUGGAUGUCAAGCUGAAAGCUGCGCCGCAAAGUCAAAGCCAAACAUCAGAAAUAAAACUGAGCCGUGGUUAAACAUGAAGGGGUCAAGGCUGCAGCCGCGCUGCUUGACGGCACUAUUCAUAUGGACGACUCUGUGUCUGCACAGCAGCGGGCAACCCGCACCUGACUCCUCGGGCCUGCCUGGAGCCAUCCGCGUGCCACUGCGGCAAGGCGCUCGCGCCGAGCAAUCACCGCCGCUGCCACCUGCCGCCGAAUCGAAACGGGGACGCGGCACCGCGAGCGAAUCUCCUGCGCGCAGGCGGAGAGGAGCGGCAGAGGGCGGUGUCAGCUUUGUGGACAUGAUCGACAACCUGCGUGGGAAAUCCGGUCAGGGAUACUACGUGGAGAUGGCUGUGGGCUCUCCUCCGCAGAAGUUGAAUAUCCUGGUAGACACGGGAAGCAGCAACUUUGCUGUUGGGGCAGCCGCGCAUCCCUUCCUGCGCAGAUACUACCAUCGUUCACUCUCUAGUUCAUACCGAGACCUGGGCAGGAGUGUGUACGUUCCCUAUACUCAGGGCCGCUGGGAGGGGGAGCUGGGCACCGACUUGGUCUCUGUGCCACACGGCCCCAAUGCCACGCUGCGUGCCAACGUCGCCGCAAUAACCCAGUCAGACCGCUUCUUCAUCAACGGAUCAAACUGGGAAGGAAUCCUGGGGCUGGCCUAUGCCGAUAUAGCUCGACCGGACGAGACGCUGGAGCCUUUCUUCGACUCUUUGGUUCGUCAGACCUCUGUCCCCAACCUCUUCUCCCUCCAGCUGUGCGGUGCAGGCUUCACCCAGAACCAGUCGCUGGGCAGCUCCACAGUUGGCGGCAGCAUGAUCAUCGGUGGAGUGGACUCAUCACUGUACGUCGGAGAGCUUUGGUACACUCCCAUCCGCAGGGAGUGGUACUACGAGGUCAUUAUUGUUCGGAUUGAGGUGAACGGACAGGAUCUUAACAUGGACUGUAAAGAGUACAAUUAUGAUAAGAGCAUUGUGGACAGUGGAACCACCAACCUUCGACUUCCAAGGAAAGUCUUCCAGGCUGCAGUGAAGGCUAUUGAAGCUGCCUCUUCAACGGAGCAGUUUCCCUCUGGGUUCUGGCUCGGGGAGCAGCUGGUUUGCUGGCAGGCUGGAACUACACCCUGGCACAUCUUCCCAGUGAUCUCCCUCUACCUGAUGAGUGAAAACCGCAACCAGUCCUUCAGAAUCUCCAUCCUGCCCCAGCAAUACCUGCGGCCGGUGGAGGAUGUUGCCUCUGCCCAGGAGGACUGCUAUAAGUUCGCCGUGUCUCAGUCCAGCACUGGGACAGUGAUGGGAGCCGUCAUCAUGGAGGGCUUCUAUGUUGUUUUUGACCGACAGAAGAAACGCAUUGGAUUCGCCGUGAGCACCUGCCAUGUGCACGACGAGUUUCGCACAGCGUCAGUGGAGGGCCCAUUCCACGGCGUCGACCUGGAAGACUGCGGCUACAACAUCCCGCAGACGGAUGAGUCCACCCUGAUGACCAUCGCCUACAUCAUGGCGGGAAUCUGCGCCCUCUUCAUGCUGCCUCUGUGUCUCAUGGUGUGCCAGUGGCGCUUCGCCCGCUGCCUCCACCCGCACGGGGACUUCGCAGACGACAUAUCACUCCUGAAAUGA